AUGCUUCUCCGUCUGCCCACCAGCCUACAUUACCCGAUCACCGUGACGUCGCUGCUCAAACAGCCUGGCGACACGGUUGAGAGGGAUGAGGCUCUAUUUUGGUAUGUCUAUCAGACUACCGUCACCGAGGGUGAUGGACUGGGUAACACCGUCGAGGUGAAGCGUAGAUACCCGACUAGAUUUGAAUCGACUGUUGAUGGAGAGAUCGUUAAAUGGCAAAUCCAAAAGGGAGACGUUAUUGAUGAACCGGUCAAUGUUGUCGAAAUCGAUGAGCCUUGCGCGCACGAGAUCCAGUUUGGAGGACUUUGCGCCGAGUGCGGGAAGGACAUGACUGAAUCUACGUACAACACCGAAAUCGCAGAUUCCAUGCGCGCUCCAAUCUCCAUGGCUCAUGACAACGUUACACUUACGGUCAGCGAACGGGAAGCAACCCGAGUUGAAGAAGAUGCGAAGCGCCGGCUACUUGCAUCGAGGCGUUUGACCCUGGUGGUGGAUCUUGAUCAAACUAUUAUCCAUGCCACUGUUGAUCCGACAGUGGGGGAAUGGAGAGAAGACAAGGAAAAUCCAAACCACGAAGCUGUGCGGGAUGUGCGACAAUUUCAAUUGAUUGACGAUGGACCUGGGAUGCGUGGAUGCUGGUACUACAUCAAGCUGCGGCCAGGACUGGAGGAAUUCUUGCAGAACGUGGCUGAGAUUUAUGAGUUGCACAUCUACACCAUGGGUACUCGUGCUUAUGCCCAGCAUAUUGUUGAUAUCAUUGAUCCCACCCGCAAACUCUUCGGAGACCGAAUUCUUAGUCGUGAUGAGAGCGGAAGUUUGACGGUCAAGGACCUGCAACGGCUGUUCCCAGUGGACACAAAGAUGGUGGUAAUCAUUGAUGAUCGUGGUGAUAUCUGGCGAUGGAGUCCCAAUCUUAUUAAGGUCUCGCCUUAUGACUUCUUCGUCGGAAUUGGUGACAUCAAUUCAAGUUUCCUCCCAAAGAAAGAAGAUAUUGGAGCGAACAAGCCUCAGAUCGAAGCAAAGGCGCCAGAGAAGACCAAAGAACACCAUGUCAAUGGUAAAAUGCAGGAGGGGACUGAGGUCUCAGCAUUAGAACAGCUGGUAACCAUGGGAGGUGGAGACAGCCCAAGGCUCCUCCAGGAACAGACUGAUGCACAAGAAGAGACAAUAUUGCAUCAGGUGGAGGAUCGACCUUUGUUGCAGAAGCAAAAGGAAUUGGAUGCAGAGGAUAAUAUCGCCGAAACCAAUGAUGCAUCGUCUAGUGUCGAAGAAACCCACGAACAUGCGAAACAUCGACAUCACCUACUCGAGGAUCACGAUCAAGAACUCUUCCAGCUGCAAAACCGACUCGAACAAGUACAUCUUCAAUUCUAUGAUGAAUAUGAUAAAAGACGGACUCUCGCUCUUGGGGGUCGGGUGGCAGCUCUAAGGGGCGAGAAGGUUCACUCGAGAGACAAAGACGUUGAUCUCAAAUUGGUCCCUGAUGUCAAGGAUAUCAUGCCGCGGAUCAAACGACGGAUCCUUGGAAGGGUAGUGUUGGUAUUUUCAGGCGUCCUUCCUCUGGGCAUAGACUUUCAAAAUGCAGACAUCUCCCUGUGGGCGAAGAGCUUUGGUGUGACGAUCUCGUCAAGGGUAAAUGCCCGCACAACUCAUCUCGUGGCUGGCCGCAACCGCACCGCCAAGGUGAGAGAAGCCACUCGCUAUCCCAACAUCAAGAUCGUGACGACACAAUGGCUUGUCGACGCGCUGGUUCAGUGGAGACACGUGGACGAAGAACCCUAUCUCCUCCCGCUUCACCCAGACGACCGAGGCAACCCCCUGUCCCCAAGUGAACUUGAACAUGAGACCUCCAUGCUCUCAUCCACAGACGAGGAUAUGACAGGGUCUCAAUGGACACAAGAAGACGACGCUGAAGACAUCUUCAAGUCAUCCGGUCUGGAUGAGACAUCACCGAUCGGGUAUGAUGCCGACGAGCAAGCGGCUGUGCACGAUGAACUGAAGGACUUCCUGGGCAGCGACGACGAAAGUGAAAGCGACAACGAGUCCUUAUUAGACGAACCAUCCACAGGAGGCAAGAAGCGUAAACGCAAUGAAGAAACCGAAAGCGGCACCGACGAAGAAGAGUCUGGAGACGACGACGGAGACGACCAUGACAAACAAGGUUCCCGGCUCUCUCAACGCAUCAAACGCUCUUACGAGCGCAACACCAAGCUCCGAGAAAUCACAUCGGCUCCUGCCUCUGGCAGUGACCAGGUUUCCCCAGACCGUCCAAAAACACUAGUUGUGGAAGGAGUGUCUGACUCUGAAACAGCAGGAACAAGUAGCGGUCCAACGGCCGACUAUCCUGACCCAGAUGACGAUGACGACGAGCUGGAACGGGAAAUGCUUGCUGCAUUUGAGGGCGGAGGGUAUGACUCUCAGGCCGAGGCAGAUGGUGCAGCCGAGAACGGAUAG